AAGAAGUCCCUUGUGGUGUUGAUAAUCACCUUUCUCCCCUUUGGUUCCCCCAUGGCUUGUAAAAGACCUUCCAUUGCUGCUACAUUGCUUCUACUUGGGCUGCUAGUAAUGGCUAGCCUAGACUUAACAGGUGCCCAAAUAGGUGUUUGUUAUGGAAGGAUUGGCAAUGGACUACCCCCUCCAUCGGAAGUUGUGGCUUUGUACAACCAGAAUAGUAUUCGGCGAAUGCGACUCUACGAUCCAUACCAACCAGCCCUCCAAGCCCUCAGAGGCUCCAACAUUGAGCUCAUCCUUGGUGUCCCAAACACUGACCUCCAAAAUCUAGCUUCAAACCAAGCUAAUGCAAACACAUGGGUUCAAAACAAUGUAAGAAACUACCCCAAUGUCAAUUUCAAGUACAUUGCUGUUGGCAAUGAAGUCAGUCCAGUGAAAGGUGACACAUCUCAAUUUGUACCCUUUCUCCUCCCUGCCAUAAGAAACAUUAACACUGCAAUUUCUUCAGCCGGCCUGGGGAACAAAAUCAAAGUCUCCACUGCUAUUGAAACCGGAGUCCUCGGACAAUCCUAUCCUCCAUCAAGCGGUUCUUUCAGGCCCGACGUUCGGUCGUUUCUCGAUCCAAUAAUCGGGUUCUUAGUGACCAACCGUGCCCCGUUACUUGUCAAUGUGUACCCAUAUUUUAGUCGUAUAGGUGACCCCAAAAAUGUUGGUCUUGAUUAUGCUCUUUUUAGAUCCCCUGGAGUUGUAGCGCCUGGAGGAUACCAAAAUCUUUUUGAUGCUCUGUUAGAUGCUAUGUACUUUGCACUCGAAAAGGCCGGUGGCUCGUCGUUGGAGAUCGUUGUGUCGGAGAGUGGUUGGCCUUCGGCUGGUGGGGCUGACACGUCUAUUGAUAAUGCAAGGACCUAUAACACAAAUUUGGUUCGACAUGUGAAAGGAGGGAGUCCUAAAAGGCCUGGUAAGCCAAUAGAGACUUACAUUUUUGCUAUGUUUGAUGAAGAUCAGAAGAACCCAGAGUUUGAGAAGCAUUUUGGGCUCUUUUUACCAAAUAAACAACCAAAAUACCCAAUCAGUUUCACUUAGGAGUGAACAAAACUAAGUGUACCAAGAGAAUAAGGACAGUGUCCCUAUGAUAUGCUAUACUAAAUAAGGGUUGUUUGUAGUGCAACAUGCCUCCCAAAGGCCAGGUCUGUAUGUACCCGUCAAAAGUUGCAAAGGACAGGCUUAUAUAAAUCUCUUAUCUCCUCUUAUAUGGAUGUGUUUAUC